CAUUUCUUCCUGUGAGCUGAUCGGAGUACAAGAUUGAUAAUUAAAAUAUGAAUAUAUCAUUGCGAAUAUACUCCAGUUUUCUGGUUAUUGUUUAUUUAUCUAGUUUCAUCAAUUGCCAAGGUUAUUUUUGGCAUGUGACUGAUAUGCAUUUGGAUCACACGUAUAUCAAAGGACUAGGUGGUGGCUCUUGCUCAAAAAAUGAAAGUGGCCAUCCCAGAUUUGGACCUUAUGGAAAUUUCCUAUGCGAUUCGCCAAUGAAAUUAAUUGAGAGUGCCUUCGAAGCAAUGAAAAAGGAGUACCCAAAUCCUGAUUUCAUCAUUUGGACAGGGUAAAAGAUAAAUAAAUAGCGAAAGAGUCUAGACUUUUAAAACAUCUUAAGUAAAUAAGCUUCGUUAAAUUGUAGUUUUAACGCUUAGCAAAUGCUUAGAAGAAACGUAAUACAUGCUGUAUACACAUAUACAGUUAUAUAUAUAUAUAUAUAAUAUAGGAUAUCCACUUAAUUGCAUACACAUUCAACCUGCUGAAAUAAUAGUAUAAUACAAUCAAAAUUAUGUAUUUAGGUUGUUUAUCACAAGAUUAUACUUAUAAUUUUAAGCACGCUAACUUAAUAAUAGUUAUCAGUUAUUACGAUUAAUAAUACCGAAGACAAGAGAAGCUUUAGUUGUGUCAUAAUUAUUUGAUACCAAAGUGUACUUUUUAAGUAGAGUAUAUAUUAAGGUCUUUUUAUGUUAUUAUCAAUUUAUUUUACGUGUCAUUUAAAAGUAUUUAUCUCAAAAAUAAAUGGAGAGAAAUAGUAUAGGCAUUGAAAUAAUUUCUGUAUGGAAAAUGCCAUGGUAAGUUAUGAAUUUUUAUCGUUUCAGCGAUGAUACACCCCAUAUAUACAAUGAUACUUUCCUAAAUAUUGAAGUUGUAAAAGAAAUUAUCUUUAAUUUGACGGAUGUUAUUGAAAGAUACUUUCCGGACGUUCAAUGCUAUUCAGCUUUGGGAAAUCAUGAUUGGAGUCCUAAGAGUCAAUUACCUCCGUAUAGCGCACCGCUCUAUACAGAAUUGGGGCAAAGAUGGAACAUGUGGUUAAAAACACAAGACUCUGUAGAUACUUUUAAAGAAGCCGGUUUCUAUAAACUUAAAGUACCUAAUUCAAAUUUUACAAUGAUUGUACUUAAUACAAACUUCUACUAUCAAAGUAACAAAUUAACAACAGGAUCAAAUUGGCAGCCUGAUCCAGCAGGCCAAUUUUCUUGGUUGGAUAGGACACUACAAGAUAUUAGAGAAAAAGGCAAAAAGGCUGUCUUGUUAGGUCACGUUCCUCCAGGUCAAUUUGAAAAACAUAGAGAAAAAAAUUGGUUUGACGAAAUUCACAAUAAAAUCUUUGUCCGUCUCCUGCAAAAGUACUCGAAUAUAAUAUCAGCCGUUCAUAUGGCGCACCACCAUACGGACAGUUUUAGAAUUAUUCUCUCGGCAGAUAAAGCAGAAGUCGUAUCAUCAAUAUUACUUAAUUCAGCAAUAACGCCAUGGGAAACAACCCUACCAGGUGUAAUUGGUGGAACUGGCAAUAAUCCAGCUAUUCGUCUUAUAAAAUAUGAUAGAAACACUGGAACAACUUUAGAUUAUCAUCAAUUUUAUCUAGAUUUAAAAAAGGCUAACGAUGACAAUAAACCCAACUGGAAGUCUCUUUAUAAUUUUACAGAUUUAUACAAAUUGUCAUCUGCUAGUCAUGAACAGAUGGCAACGUUAAGUAAAAAAUUGAGGUUGGAUGGAAGCCUAUUUGAUAAAUAUUAUCAAAUGAAUGGUGUUUUAUACGACCCUAAUGAAACUUGUACAGGAGAGUGUAAAUCAGUUCAAUUAUGUUCUAUAGAAAAUGUAGAUUACAGCGAUUACAAAAACUGUAUGGGAAGAGAGCAACCUUAAAGAACACUAUAUAAUCCUAUCAUUUUGCCAAUGAAUAAUAACAUUAAUAACUUGAUAACUUUCUACUUUUUGUUUAAAUUAAAACAAUUUCAAGUUUUGCACACAAAAGUUAUUUAAAAACACAAAUUUAAUAAAUAAACA